AAAGAGGGUACUACGUGUCCCGUAUUGCAUUGCAGUAUUUAUUCAGCCGUGAAUAAAUAUCUGUUUGUAAAGCAAUGAAAGGUGAUAUGGGAUUAAAAUAUAUACAUGUAUAUUUGCCACCUUAUAUUUAACAGAGCGAUAAAAGAAAAGCACAUGGCAGUAGACCAUGUCCACCAGCAGAGAGCAGCAUAGGGUAAUAACACUAGCAAGGUUGGUUUCAGCGGAAGUGGAGAAUGUUGGCGAAUUGUGCAAGGGACUUGACACUAUGAUAAACAUAACAUAGUCGAAUAUUUAUUGCUUUUAUUCAGAACAUGGCUUUGGUUACUUAUGUAGACAACGUGAUACCUGCGCUUUCCAAACUUCAGAAUUCCUCCGCGUGUUUUCAUUUCGCCAACCGUGAUAUCUGCCUAGCUCAGGACUGGAAGACGCUUGGCGUUGCAGCAGUUGUAUGGGACGCGGCAGUUGUCCUGUGUAUGUACUUGGAGCUGAACCAGGUGUCGCUUCAGGGGAAGGUGGCCAUCGAACUGGGGGCUGGAACUGGAUUGGUGGGCAUCGUUGCAGCCUUGCUGGGUGCUAAAGUGACCAUCACUGACAGGAUGCCUGCUCUGGACUUCCUGUCUGCCAACGUCAAAGCCAACUUGCCCUCUGAUGUCCAAGAGUCUGUGGUGGUCUCAGAGCUGUCUUGGGGUGAGAACCUUAACCGCUACCCGGCAGAGGGAUUCGACCUGGUGCUUGGAGCUGACAUUGUAUACCUGGAGGCCACAUUUGUGCCCCUGAUAGAGACACUACAGUACCUGUGUGCUGAUGCCACUGUUGUGCUGUUGGCAUGCAAGAUCCGCUACGAGCGAGAUACCAACUUUUUAAGCAUGUUGAGGCAACAAUUCACUGUAGAGGAGGUUUACUAUGACAAACAGAGAGAUAUUCAUAUAUAUAAAGCUUGGAAACAAUCAUCCAGGAGCGAUUUAUGAGUGUCCUUUUAAGAUGGCCUGACUAAACAACUUUUAAAAUCCAAGAUUAGCAGAAACAUUUUUAUUACCAGCUGUAACAAAGUAUGGUAUACAUUGGUGCUGACAUAAACUUGUUCUGACUGAAAAUGAAUGAAAAGCCACAUAACAUAAAAAGUAAUGACUAUAAAAAGUACAAUAUGGCAUCCCGUCGUGAAGUCUCCGUGGUUUGGUUGCACUUUACAAUCCUCUUGCAAAUAUGCCAUGAUUGUGAAAAAGCAAAGCAUGUAAUGAUCAAUUAGCGCUGCGUGGGAUGAAGCUGGUAAAUAACGUGAAAUGUAUCUGGAUUGUUUCAGCAAGGAAAAGUGCACACGUCGCCUCGUCUUAUUAGAACUUUACAAACGUUCCCAAUAAAGUCUUUGAAGUUAAAAUACAUCUGCAAUCAUGUAUUUCUUCUAUUGCAUAACAAGUUGUAAGCAGGGCUCAUUAUUUUUGGUUUUUAUUUUUAAAAAUAACUACAUCAGCAAUAAUAGAUUAGAAU